AUGUUGCCCAAUCGGAGGUGGCCUCGAUCGGAGAGGCAAGCAGAGAGAGAUGCAAUCGACAUUGAUAAGGCGGAUGGUGGCCGGGAGGCGACAAGGCGAGUCGGGGUCAUUUGGCGAUUGGAGUCACGGGAAGGGGAGAUCGAGCAAGAGAGGGAGCAUGCAAACUCUAAAGAGGCAUGGAAGUUGGAGAGCUCCUUCGUCGCCGUCGUCGCGCGCAUGGAAGUUGGAAUUCUUCGCCGCCAUCAUGAGUAG